GUUGUCAGUUGUUGUUCGCCUGUUGCGCGCUUCGGUUGUGUUUGAGUUGUGCGUCGCGAUCCGUUCCGUUCCGCUUCGAUUCGGGAAAAACUGAAAACUUUGUCAACUUUGCCGCGCACACUAUAGGCCAGGCCUUAAAAUGAGAUUCGAGCUAACCGUAGACCGUGGACCAUGCGAUACAGAGCUACGUAGCUGGUGUCUGGGCAUAGCUAUCUAUACGUUAAUUUCCAUAGCACUAAAUACGCUAUUUGCGCCGUCUGCUCUGACUUUUAUUGGAUUCGCAAUUGCGGUCAUUGCCAAUGUUUGCCUGCUUUUUGGCUGCCUGCGGUAUAACCAUGUGCUGGUCGGGAUCUGGCUGAUCUACGCCCUCUUAAUAGCCAUCAAUUUUCCGUUUGCCGUAUUCGGUACGAUCUUCCAUUUUGGUGGCUAUCGCGAGGCGACGGGCUUUAACAAUGUCAUCUUGGCGCUGCUCUUUUACAUUGUCGUGAUGCUUAUUUGCUUGUUCUGCGCACGCAUCGUGUACUCGUACCACCUGCAGCUGAAGAAUCGUCAGGGCAGUUCGCCGCAGCAUUCGGUGGUUGUUUGAAUCGACCAGGUGUUCGCAUUUCGUGUGAAGCUCUCCUCAUUUUGGUUGCAUUUUGUCGGCAACUGUUUAAUUUAAGAGUUUACCGUGUGCCUUCGUUUUAUACAUAUUUAUAUAUACAAAAUAAAUAUUUGUAAUUAAA